UGUGGCAAAAUGGGUUGACCCAUCGUUAUCGUUUGCUCUUUUAGAGCCAAUACCGUCUCCGUCCCUAAAACUCAGUGCCGCAAAUGGUGCACCAGUCAAAGUUUUAGGAUUUAUUUCGUUCGUUGUUCGGUUGGGAGACGUGUCCCGCCGAAUCGAUGCGUUGGUCGUACCAUCGCUCGGUCCUGAUCAAAUACUCCUAGACAAUGAGGCAAUGACUCGGUUUGGGGCAGUACUUGACUGGAAAAAUGAACGUUUGACUUUUGAGUGUAGUGACACUAUUGUCCCCGCUAUUCAUCGUAAAAAAUCUCAACACGGUUAUGAUCCGUCGCCGUCCCCCCGUGUUGCAGCCGUUCAUCGAAAUGCGGAAGAACACUCAGUCAAAUUACGUCAACGAACAGCUUCACGUCCAUGCUGUUGCCUUGUCUCCAAAAACCGCGAGUGAAAUUGCUGCUGCUAAAGCUGAGCUGGUAGAACCGCUGUCGAAAGCGUUCGCAAAUUCCACGUUCACUAAGGAACAGCAAACUCGUAUUUUGGACCUGUGUGCAAAAUAUCGUCCCGUUUUUUCGCUGAAUCGUAAGGAGCUUGGAAAAUGCAAAACUGCUCAAGCCACGUUUCCUAUGCCGCCUAACACAAAACUGGUUAACCGUCGUCCCUACCGCGCAAACCCGCACACUGAAGCCGUUAUCCAAACGUGCGUUAAGGACAUGCUUGACGAUGACAUCAUCGAAGAGCUGCCUAGUCAGUGGGGUUCCCCCGUUACUCUCGUCGCGCGUAAAGAUGGUAAACCUCGUUUUUGCGUCGAUUUCCGAAGCACCGUCAACAAGCACCUCAUUCGCAAGACCUGGCCUCUAGCGAACAUGGAGUCCAACCUUGACUCUGUCGGCAGCGCCAAGUUCAUCAGCGUUGCAGACGUCCAGUCAGCGUACUGGCAGAUUCCUGUUCAUCCUGACCACGUCGAAAGGACAGCCUUUGUUACCAACUCUGGCUAG